AUGUCGCAAAUCAGCCAUGGCGGUCUUUCACCCGCCCUCGUUGAGUCGGUCGCUGGCCUCUCCGCUGGUGCUGUCGCAACCCUGAUUGUCCACCCGCUCGACAUAGUUAAGACUCGAAUGCAAAUUCACCGAAGCUCCGCGGGCGGACCACAGAUCCCGCCGACGACCAUCGCAGUCAUCCGUUCCCUCACUCAGAAUCCGAAACCACUCGCUUCUCUCUACCGCGGACUAGGCCCUAAUCUUUUGGGAAAUGCCACGAGCUGGGCGUCUUUCUUCUUCUUCAAGUCCCGCGUCGAGCGCGCUGUGGCGAACUGGAAAACACAAGCAGGCCCCUUUGACACCGAUAACCGGGUCCCAACCAAGGAAGCUCUCGCUACCUACGAUUUCUUCCUUUCCUCUGCGCUUUCCGGUGCCCUGACCCAGGUCCUCACCAACCCGAUCUGGGUUCUGAAGACCCGCAUGCUCUCCUCCGACCGCUCCGCCGAAGGCGCUUACCCGUCCAUGGUCGCUGGCGCUCGCCGCAUCUACGCGACCGAGGGUUUCCGCGGGUUCUACCGCGGCCUCGCCGUUGGCCUUGUUGGCGUCUCUCACGGUGCCGUUCAGUUUGCCGUAUACGAGCCCCUCAAGCGCAUGUACCUCCGGGGCAAGGGGCUCCCGGAGAGGCUAGAUCAGUCGCGGGGAACUGAUGGCGGAGCUGCCCGCAUUGGCAACGAGGCGACCAUCGUGAUAUCCAGCGUCUCCAAGCUGACUGCCGGGGCCGUGACAUAUCCUUACCAGGUGCUGCGGAGUCGGCUUCAAAACUAUGAUGCCGAUAAACGGUUCGGACGCGGCAUCCGGGGCGUGGCUUCCAUGUUGUGGAGGGAAGAAGGUAUCAGGGGCUUCUAUCGGGGCCUUGUACCCGGCGUGGUGAGGGUAAUGCCCGCUACCUGGGUCACCUUCUUGGUGUAUGAGAACGUUAAGUAUUAUCUGCCCCGUCUUCUUGGCGAAUAG